AUGCAGGAACUGAUUGCGGGACUGGAGAAGUUCAAUUUUGACCUUGAAAGGGAUAUUCAAGGUCAGAGAGGAGCUCUUCUCCUUCCGUUCCAGGGCAUGGACAGUAAGUUUAUUAAAUUAUCCUCUGUGAUGUCAGUCAGACCGAUGGGAGAGUUUCCGGCCUUGCUCACUUUCAGCUAUAGUUCAAAGUGGAAUUGAGGGAAACCAGGAAUGAAUGCGAGCGGAGCAGACGAACACUUGACUCUCUGAUUGCGCACGCUCAUUGCAGCGCUUUCACUCAAUUAAUACAUGUAAUACGUAUAUGAUUGGCCAUUCCUGUGCAUGCACAAUUUAUCCACAAUGCUUCACAAUAUCCUGUACAGACAAGAAAGUCUUUGGAGUGGUUACAAGGCAGCAGACCAGCUGUUGACAAAACUUCAACACCUAUUAAUAGUUAUUUAAUUUACCUAACUUAAUUUAUAUAUUCGUUUACUGACCAUAGGGUCAGUGAAUGGAUAGGGUUCUUGAUUAAAGGAACACUGUAUGGUCAUUCACACAAACAUGUAUUCCUGACCCUGUGUUAACUUUAAUCAAGUCUGCAGCUGCUGCCUCUGUCCCUAAUCUGCCUGCUUGGCUGACAUCAUCAGAAGAGAUUCUCUGAGCCAAUUACAAUGCUUUCCCAUAGGACUGGCUGAGACUGUCAAGGAGGCACAUCAGGGGCAGAGCCAGCACAAGUCAAAUACAGCCCAGCAUUGCUCCAUCAUUGCUCCGACAUUGUUCCAGGAUUGCCCCGACAACAUUGCUCCGGCAUUGCCCUGGCUCCAUUUGCCCUAAAGUUUACAGUUCUGUAGUCAUUUCUCAACAUUUCAUGAUUUAGUAAGUAAACCCCACAAGCAGGUUAAAGAGGAUCGUUUGGGAGGAAGAGGCGUGUGUUCAGUCAGUUAUCGGUUAGUUGUCAGUCAGUUAUUGGUCAGUUAUCGGUUAGCUGUCAGUCAGUUAUUGGUCAGUUAUCGGUUAGUUGUGUGUCUCGUCUGGGGGUCUGACCAUGUCAGAAAGGGUUAAAAUGUGCUUUGUGUUUGAGGAUACGCAGUGCUGUGUAAAUGUAAACAAAGAGGUUUUGUGUACAUGUACAACAAUCACUGUGUUUUGUGUAUUGUGUCCCCACGCAGAGUCCGGGGUAGCUGUGUGUGACUACUACCUUAAAGGAAUAUGCCGCAAAGGUAAGUCCCAGACAUAGAAAGAUCUUCUGUUUGUCCAGGAAAAUAUAGAAAAAUAAAACCACAAAUAAAAAAAAGAAAUGAUAAAUAAUAAAUUGGCUAGUGAGAGAAAUACAAAAGCACUUUUUUAUAUGUAAAUAUAAUCUGUGUAAAUUACAUUUGUAGUCUUAUUAUUAUUAUUAUUAUUAUUAUUUAUACAGUUCUACCAUAUUCCACAGCAGUUUCCUUUAAGGUGAUGAAGUAGCUUUAAAAAAAACAACAACUUUAUAAUAUAAUUCUCUCUAUUGUAUUGUCCCUCCCAGGCUGUGUAUCGUAUUGUCCCUCCCAUGCUGUGUAUCGUAUUGUCCCUCCCAGGCUGUGUAUCAUAUUGUCCCUCCCAGGCUGUGUCGUAUUGGCAGUCCCAGGCUAUGUAUCGCAUUGGCCCUCCCAGGCUGUGUGUCGCAUUGGCCCUCCCAGGCUGUGUGUCGCAUUGGCCCUCCCAGGCUGUGUGUCGCAUUGGCCCUCCCAGGCUGUGUGUCGCAUUGGCCCUCCCAGGCUGUGUGUCGCAUUGGCCCUCCCAGGCUAUGUAUCGCAUUGGCCUGGCGUUUGACAUCAGUAAGCCCCAGGCAGGUGAGAGAGGGAGCAUAAUGUAAAGUUCUCUGCUUCCUAGAUUCCAGGAUAAAGUAAAGCUUUAGAGACGCCUGAUCCUCUAAUCUCUGCAGGUUGGCCUGCAUCCCAAUAGGGGUCCAUCCCAUCAAAGCUUAUCGUUCUGUAACGCCUACAUAUCACAUCAUGGUGGACAUGUCUGUCUGUUAACCUUUGUGUUUCUAUAUGCUCUGUUCUAGGGCCCAUGUGCCCCUUCCGCCAUCUUUGUGGGGAGAAGACCGUGGUCUGCAAGCACUGGCUGAGGGGCCUGUGCAAGAAAGGAGAUAACUGCGAGUUUCUUCAUGUGUAUGAUAUGGGGCGCAUGCCAGAAUGCUACUUCUACUCCAAAUUCGGUGAGGCGGUAGAAAUAUUCCUUAUGUUCUGAUGGAUGGCUCUGGCCCCGGGGGUUGUUUAUUUGCGGAUGGGGUGUGUGCAGCUCGAUUUAUUCCUGCUCAGUGGCUCCAACCUCUGGGUUCUGUGUGUCUCCUGUCUGUCUGCGAGGGUCUCCAUGUAUCUAAGAUGGAACAUCUCAUCCAGCAGACCCCAUACUCCACAAUACAUCAUUUAUUGUAUGUUCGCUGCUUUUCGUACGGUAGAGAAGAUUCCUUCUAACAAGUGGAAUCUAAUUAAAGUGCUUUUUGCAGAAUUUAUUCUAGUAUCUAUUGUAUUGAAGAAUGCGUCAACAAGCUCAUGUCAUCUACAUAAAUUAAGGUCUUAAUAAAAGUUUACCCCUGCUUUAAUGUAUAUUGUGAAUUCCAGAUCUCCUCGGAGCCAUACGUAGCUUUGUUUUGAGAAUAUUUCUGCUCUGAAUUUCCAUCAGAAACCAGCUUAAACCAUAGCGAUGUCUGGGCUAAACAAAACAUAGGAUUAAUAUCCGCUUAAUAGAAAAACAGACAAAAUUCUGCAACUUUGCUGGCUUAUUCACUAGCGUGAGAACUGUCAGAAGUUUCAUAGUGAAUUUCAAAUUAACGCAUCGAUUUAAAUAUAGAAACCACCAUUAAAGUCAAUGGAAUUGUUGAGGAUAAAUCAUUUGAAAAGUUUUUACAAUGGUAUUGAUCAGUUGGAAACCCGUAUUCCUAACGCUAUAUCAUCGUGCCCUAUUUGCAGGUUUGGAUCUUAAUUGGGCUAAUUACAUCCGUUGCCAGCCUGCAGUGCCUGCUGACGAUGGAUGGAUUUUUUUUGCACAGAAAUGAUAUUUGGUAUAAUAGAACCGAGCGUUCUGAGCUGCCAACGUUACUUGUAUCGGGCUGUAACUAGCCACCAGCACAAAAACCCAAAUCUGUCUGAAUGUGCCGCGUUUCUAAAAGCAGAAAAGGUCAUGGUGGUUUGAGUAACCUUUUAUGCUUUCAAUUCAUUCUUAAAGGACCACUAUAGGCACCCAGACCACUUCAGCUCAAUGAAGUGGUCUGGGUGCCAGGUCCCUCUAGGAUUAACCCUUUCUGCGGUAAACAUAGUUUCAGAGAAACUGCUAUGUUUACAAAUGGGUUAAUCCAGCCUCUAGUGGCUGUCUCAUUGAUUUUCACAGUGAGAAGACGCCAGCGUCCAUAGGAAAGCAUUGAGAAUGACGGCCGAUGACGGCAGAAAGGGGAGAUUCCCCAGCGCCGAGGGAGCCCGGCACUGGAAAAAAGGUAAGUGUUUAACCCCUUCCUCACCCUAGAGCCCAGCAGGGGGGGGGGGCCCGAGGGUGAGGGGGGGGCCCAAGGACCAACAAGUAUGUUUUCCUGGCACUAUAAUGGUCCUUUAAUUCCCGACAAUGCUCACUUCAAUAAAUAACCCAGAAUAGAGUGUAAUCAUGUGAUUUUUACAUGACUAAUAAUACAGAGCCCAAAAUAUCCCAGUUCUUAAGGGAUCUCAUGUAAAACUUAUCCAGGAAGCGCCCACUGAACCAGUUUGUUUUGGAAUGUACGGCUUUAACUAGUGGCCAACUGCUGCCAUCUGCUGGUCCUUAUAAUCACACCCUGAAUCGUUUCGCAAUAAUUCAGAACUGUAUGCGGCUUGUUUUUUUAACACACAUUCUGUCCUACUUUACAAGGUUUACACAUUUCCCCAUGGUAAUAAAAGAGUUGACAUGAGGUUCAGAUCGUGUGCACCUUCUCUAAUUUGGGAUCGCUUUGAUAUUCACUUUUAGGAGACUGCAGCAACAAGGAUUGUCCCUUUCUACAUAUCGACCCGGCUUCCAAGAUCAAGGACUGUCCGUGGUAUGACAGAGGUUUCUGCAAACACGGUAAUUCUCACACCACGUCAGUGCGAUUGUCAGCAGGCUGCCCAGCUAGGUACCAAAAGUGACCAUUAAUUAUUAUUCCGCAGCGCUGUACAAUAGGUGGACUAACAGACAAGUAUCUGCAAUAAGACGAGCUGGAUAAUUGCCCUCCUCAAACCAGCUUUCAUUGUAGGUGGUCUAGAUAAAGGAAACCAGUCAGUAGGUUCAUAUCUCCCACCAGUCUCCAUGAUGGGGAAAGUCAGACAGUUUUUGGAACCCUUCUCUUUGUACCUGUGUCCCAAGUGUUUUGUUUGUUUUUCCCCUUGUGCGUUGCUUCUGGUUAUUACAGAGAAAAGCCCCAAAAAAUCAUGUCAAGAGAAUUAUUGAAUGAACAGAUCUGCCUGUGUACCUGGUGGUAUCCGUAAACCAUAUUGUGACUUCCUUCCAGUGGCCAAAAAUGUUACAAGUACCCCCAGGCACCAUUUCAUAUUGGCCUACGUUUCUUUCACAUUUUUUUUAUUUUUGAGGCAGUUCAUGUCUCUCUUCGUUCUGUUCAAUAGAUCAGAAGCAAUUACACACACAUGCUCACUCAGAAACACAUACACACUGACACACAAGUAAACAUACACAGACACAUACAGCCAGACACACACAGCCAUAUGCACACACUGACACAAAGCUAGAUACAUAGCCAGAUCCACACACAAAGACAGAUAUAUACACACACGCACAACUGCAGCCAAAUACACAAACAUACAUCCAGGUACACACACUCACAGCCAGACAAACACACACACACAGCCAGAUGCACAGACUCAGACCCAGGUACACACACACACAUAUAUAAAUUGACAUCAUAUUUUAGCCACCCUCCUGUUUCCUUACCUUUUGGGUACAGAAGGGUGGCUUCCCUGGGGUCCAGUGGGAGCUGGACGGCCAAGGCUGAUGGCAGUCUGACUCUCCUGCUCCUGUGUAUGCCUCCUCCACCUCCCCAGAGGCGCUCUGUUACUUGGUAGGCACCUCACUUGCUUCCAGCAGGCAACAUGAAAGGGGGGCCCCUGAUUACAUAAGGUGCCGCAGCACACAGGGUUUGGUUGCUGGCAGGGGGCACACGGGGCAGCUACUUUGGGCCCUCCAGGAGUAACUGGGCCAGAGGCAGCUGCCGGGUUUGCCCUGCUACUUUGUGUAUUAUUCCAUUAUACAGGCAGUGCAUAUCACGUUGCAGCAACAUCAAGGAGAUUUUUUUACACUAUGUUAUUGGGUCUGUAUGUACAUAAUUGCUUGUGUUUAUUUUUUUUGCUUGUAUAUAUUUAUUUAGUUUUUAUCUAUACCAAUAAAAGUUACGUUUUAUUUAACUCUUGGGAUGUAUUUAGCAAAUAUUUAGGUCCUAGUAGUCUUUCUGAGGUUGACCAUCUUUAGCCAUACACUCCUUUAACACACCCCUCGUUGUUCUUUUUUAUUUUAGUUAGUCCAGCUGCAAGUAGCUUCAUUUAUGAGAAAAAAAAACAUGAAUGAAACAACUCAGCAAGAUACAGGAACAUUCCUAGCACUAUAACCACUAAAGCAUGCUGCAGUGUUUAUGGUACCAGGAAUGUCCUAAUGCUGUCUCAAUGUAAAUCAUUGGACUGUUUUAGAACGUCUUAUCUUGGUCCAUCGUGCCAGUCCCGAACUUCACAAUAGCUCUCUGUUUGAGCUAAUUCUAGUAGUGCAGGGCUCAGCUCAUUGGCUGGGAGUGAUGAGUUCCCAGCACUACAGACUGUAGUGGUUAUGGUGCUCAGAGUUUUCGUUUAAUCUCAAUGGACCGUUACUAUUAACAUGUUUGUUUUUGGAUAGUAGACUUUAACCAGCCCCGUGCUACGUUUCACUAAACAGUGAUUUGUAGCACGUUUACCGAUUGGAUUAUUCACCGAAACAAAAUGAACCGUUCAAAGCAAAUAUAUAUAUAUAUAUUAUUUUUUUUACAAACAACCACUAGCCAAAUAGAAACAUAAAUGACUUUUGGACAAAACUUUGAUUUCCUGAGAAUGCAUGCUUUGGCAGAUAACUCUGAGUGUAGCAGAAUGUCAGACACAGAGAGAGCCAUUACUGUUUAGUAAAUAACCUCUCGGUUCUCUCUUCUCCAGGACCUGUGUGUAAGCACCGUCACACGCGCAGGGUAAUGUGCGCAAACUAUCUGGUUGGAUUCUGUCCAGAGGGCCCCAGGUGUAAAUACAUGCAGUAAGUUUGGAAAUUGGUGGAAUAAGGAACCUGGUGAUUUCCGAUAAUUAUAUAAUACGUAGUACGAAAGUACACUUACAUGUACACGCAGAAAGUACACUUACAUGUACACGCAGAUAUUACUCUCAUGGGCACAUAGGUGUAUACUUACCUGAAUACCUGUCUGGAUACAGAUUUACACACCGGUGUUUUUGUACAAUUCUUUUUCUUGUCUUUCAGUCCCAAGACAGACCUGAUUCUGUGCAGUUCAGACCACACAAAGGUUGGUAUUAAAAUUAACACAGUCUCCAAUUAUAAGGCUUUUAAUCAGUUUUGUUCUUGCGAACACUAACAGUGCGUUACUAGGCUGUUUGUUAUCGCUGUUUUGCAGUCUCCCCUAUUGGCCCUGUUGUUCAUUUUCCUCCUGACUACCAUAGAUUAGCGCUGGUUACCAGAAACAGACCACCUUGUCGCCUUCGGAACAUGACCACGUGUCACAGCAGCCAGGCUUAAUGUUGGAGCUUCCUCAUCUCUCACACCUGACUGUGAUCAGCUUGAUGCAGGAGCGAUUCAGAACCAUUCAGGAACACACAUGUAAUGGGCUGAGACCCCUGGACCAAGUCACCUGCUUCAAGGUACGUAGGACCAGUAGCGUGUUGUAACCGGAGAUUGGCAUCAGAUCAUUUGUUGGACAGUAACAUUGCCAUUCUAAUUCCACUGUGAGUUGUCACAAGACUUGGUGGUUCGAGUGGCCACAGUGGCGUCUCUAGGAUUCAUUUUUCGGGGGGGGGAAACAUGGAGGGCCAGUGACAAAAGUAGGGGGGCACAUUUAACCCCGCCCUUGCCUCAGUUUGACCCCGCCCCUGUCACAUGUUAAGCCACGCCCCCGACACAAUGUGUUUUGUUUUUUUAAUAAUACCUGGUGGAGGAUUCAUUAUUUUCCACCAGGGAUUAUUAAAAAAACAAACACAUUAUCCUUGAUACAGUGCCAUAGUUGCCAACAUUUGAAAAAAAAAUUCCAAGGACAUUUUGCAGCACAGCUAUCAAUUACUGUCUGGGUAUAAUAUCCCUGGACAGUCAGUGCUCUCUGUAUAAUACAGGGUUGUGUGUAUAAUAAAUUCAGGGCCGUCUUUAAUGCGGGGCAAACGGGGCAGCUGCCCCGGGCCCAGUUUCUCUUGGGGGGCCCGAGGCACCUGCCCCGUGGGCCCCGCUGACCCCGGCGGGCGGGUGGCCGGUCGGGCAUGAAGGCGGGCGCGCGAGGGAGCACUCACUGCUUCCUCUUCAGCUCCCUCGCGCACCGCACUGAUGCUGGAGCCGGAAGAUGACGUCAUCCGGCGCCGGCAUCCCUACGCGGCGCGCGAGGGAGCUGAAGAGCAUGCAGUGAGUGCUCCCUCGCGCGCCCGCCUGCCUGCCCGACCGGCCACCCGCCCAGGAGCCCAGCAGCACCACUGGACCCCAGGGAAUCCCCCCAGCACUCCAAAAGGUAAGGAGGCUGGGGGGAUUACAUAAAAAAAAAAAUCAUGUGUGUUUGUGUGUAUGUGUGUGUUAGUGUAUGUGUGUGUUAGUGUAUGUGUGUAUGUGUGUGUUAGUGUAUGUGUUAGUGUUUGUGUGUUAGUGUAUGUGUUUGUGUGUAUGUGUGUGUUAGUGUUUGUGUGUUAGGGUUUGUGUGUUAGUGUAUGUGUGUUAGUGUGUGUGUUUGUGUGUGUUAGUGUAUGUGUGUGUUAGUGUAUGUGUGUGUUAGUGUAUGUGUGUGUUUAUGUGUGUUGUGUGUGUGUGUGUGUGUUUGUGUGUGUGUGUGUGUGUGUGUGUGUGUUUGUGUAUGUGUGUUAGUGUGGGUGUGUGUGUGUGUCGGCGUCUGUGUGUGUGUGUCAGUAUGUCUGUGUGUGUGUCAGUAUGUCUGUCUGUCUGUGUGUCAGUAUAUAUGUGUGUGUAUAUCUGUGUGUGUCAGUAUGUGUAUGUGUCAGUAUGUCUGUCAGUGCGUCAGUAUGUCUGUUAGUGCAUGUGUAUGCAUGUGUCAGUAUAUCUGUCUGUGUGCCAGUAUGUCUGUGUGUGUGUGUGUCAGUAUAUCAGUCUGUGUGUGUCAGUGUAUGUGCCUGUGUGUGUGUGUCAGUAUUUCUCAGUGUAUGUGGGUGUCAGUAUAUCUGUCAGUGUGUGGGUGUCAGUAUUUCUGUCAGUGUAUGUGUGUCAGUAUGUUGAUCAGUGUAUGUGUCUGUGUGUGUGUGUCAGUGUCAGUAUGUCUGUAUAUGUGCCUGUGUCAGUAUGUCUGUCAGUACGUCUACCAGUGUAUGUGUCUGUGUGUGUGUCAAUAUAUGUACCUGUGUCAGUGUGUCUGUCAGUGUAUGUGCCUGUUUAUCUGUAUGUAGUCAGUGUAUGUAUCUGUGUAUCUGCUUGUGCGUCAGAGUGUGUACCUGUGCAUCUGAGCCGCAACUUUAAAUACAAAUACACCCCUCCAUUCAAACUUCAACACUACAUAUAAAACACACUCCUGCAUUGAAACGUCAACACUACAUACAAGCACACUCCUACAUUCAAAAACAAACACUACACAUAAAUGCACACUUGCAUUCAAACUCCAGUACCACAUACAAACACAUUCACACAAACAUACUCCAUACAAACACAUGCUUACAUUCAAACAUACUAACAUGGCUCAGUGCUAAAUACAACCCUGCAAGCAUGGGAAAUUGGUAGAGUCCCAGCUGUCAAAGCAUUGUUGGAGUUGCACGACAGAUGGGGUUCUACCUUUAGUCCAACCUUGCAAUUGGGGGUCCCAAUAAAAUUCAUUCUACUUUAGUACCGCCACUGCGUUGGGAUGGAUGCCGUGAUUGCAUACCAGGGAGUGAGGGGCGAGAGCGGCAGGGCACAGGGGGCCCAAGCAAACACUUGCCCAGGGUCCAUUCGUUAUUAAAGACGGCCCUGAAUAAAUUGGAACAGUCAGUGCUCCCUGUAUAGUGCUGCUCUCUGUGUAAUACAGGUCUGUUUGUGUAUAAUAUCCCAAGACAGAGAGCAGCACUAUACAGGAAGCACUGUCUAUCCCGGGAUAUUUUAUACACACAGAUCUGUAUUAUACAGAUAGCUGAGCAUAUACCCCAUGUCCCAAUCUCUAGACUACUAGUACCUGUCAACAGCAGCUCCCAGACGCGUGUAACAGGGCUAAAGUGUGCGGCAGCUCACACAGAUUAUUCAGCGGUAAAGUGCACUCGCUGGCAGAGCCAAACUGGGAAUCCCUGGGAAUCCAAAGCAGCCCUGGAAAAAAAACCAUAUGCCAUUCCUACAAGUCAAAAUAUAAAUAUUACAGUAAGCACACAAGCUCACUGACAUGCGCAAAUAGGCUUACAGACAGACAAAACUCUCUGACUCACACACAAGCUUACUACAGACACUCACUUGUAUAAACAGAAGGCUCACUACAAAGAAGUUCAGGGACACACAGACAAGCUCACUGACACACACAUGCUCACUAAAUAGAAGCUCACUGACACACACAAGCAGUACCAUUUUAACAGAGUUAAGGGCCCCUGGGCAAAGCAAUGUACUGGGGCCAUUCCUACACAACAACUCACAGGAAUUUUAAUUAUUGAUAGACUGCUGAGUCCAUACACACACACAGACUGCUGAGUCCAUACACACACAAACUGCUGAGUCCAUACACACACAAACUGCUGAGUCCAUACACACACAAACUGCUGAGUCCAUACACACAGCCUGCUGAGUCCAUACACACAGCCUGCUGAGUCCAUACACACACACAGACUGCUGAGUCCAUACACACACACACAGACUGCUGAGUCCAUACACACACACACAGACUGCUGAGUCCAUACACACACAGACUGCUGAGUCCACACACACACACACAAACACAGACUGCUGAGUCCAUACAGUGUGUGUGUAUGGGGAUAGUGUAUGUGUGUAGAGUGUGUGUGUGUAUGGGGGCAAUGUGUAUAGAGUGUGUGAACACCCCCCCUCCCCAAGCCUACCUGUCACUGGGGGUCAGGCAGCCAUCUUCUGAAGCAGCAUGGGCUGCUGCAUGACGGCGGGGGCGGGGCUUAUCGGCGGGAGGCGGGGCUUCGUUUGGGGGCGGGGCCUGUGCCGGGGAGCCAAUCAGUGCUCCCUCCAGCCACAGACAGCCCCCAGCACCUCAUUCCUGCAUUCCCUCCCCGGCUGUUACAGUCUGAGGGAAGCCCUUGGCCAGCAUGUUGCGGCAUUUGGGGGGGCCCAAGGGGGGGCACAGCAUGAUGUAGGGGGGGCCAUGGCCCUCUCUGCCCCCCCUAGUGACGUCACUGACUGUGGCCAUAGCCUGUUUAAUAACUUGUUUAGGAUUCCCCCAUAGUUUUCCAUGAGAGCCGGUACAGCAGCCAUGGUCACCGAAUUGCUCAUUUUAGAUUCAUUGCAACAUCUACAAGUUAGCAGAGUGUCCUCGGUAGGCGCCCACAGGGGGGACUUUUGUUUCGAUUCAUUUUCAAACUGUUUCACCUGAAAUUCUGAUUUUAUAGAUUUAAACAAACCGAAUUUUGUCUGAAAUGUAAUGAAUUUUCAAAAUUCUGACGUUUAUUAUUCCCCGUGGGGAAGGAAUGAAGGUGGCGGUCGCAAGCUAUCAAUUUAGGGAGUUAUCUGCUAAACUGGUGAAAGAUCGAAAUUGUAGUUUUACAAUACUGCUGAAGUAAAUGUGUUUAUAUGUCAGUCCUCACUCCAGUAAGUGAACGAGGAACGAGGAACUGUCACUGUGCACUUUACUAUAUCUGCGUUAUUACAAAUGACAUUUCCACUUUUCUAUGUCUAAUUUUGCAGUGCGGAGAGAGAGGGCACUACGCUAAUAAGUGCAGUAACAGUCGCAUUGCCGUGAUGUUGAGAAAAUGCUGA